UUGAAGGGAGUAAAGUCUCUAUGGGAAAAAUAAUUUUUUUAAAAAUGAAAUUUCUGUAUUAAACUAAGAGAUCCCUGGAGGUAGAGAUUGUGAUUGUGGUCUCAUAGGUUAGUCUAGACCUCAGUCUGGUUGUAUAGGAAGAGUAGGAAAGGAGAGAAACCCAGUUUUGGAUUGUAGGGUUUUUCUCCAAAUUUCUCCCUGAAGGAAAUCAUAGGAUUUUCUCAAAAAGCAGUCUGUUUUUAUCAACAAAUGUCUUUCUAUUUUCCUUGCAGCCACACACUUAUUUUUUUCCAGACUUUGAGUCUAGCCCUUGCUCUUUAUGAGGACUGAGGAAUGUUUGGUCAUGCCAAAGGAAUGGUAAUGUGUCUCUUCCCAUUGAUAAGACAUGGUGGCUUCUGCCUGCAAAGUUCUGGACUCCUGCCUCCCACGCCGAUGUCUAGGCUCUCAUUUCCACCCAGUACCCUGGAGACCUGGCUUCUUCACAGGCUAAACAUAUUUCUGGCUGGCAUGAAUCCUUUCUACUUCCAUGCGGUGAAUGUCAUUCUACACUGCCUGGUGACCCUCGUGCUGAUGUAUACCUGUGAUAAAACAGUCUUCAAGAAUCGCGGACUGGCUUUUGUCACAGCCCUGCUCUUUGCGGUGCACCCGGUUCACACCGAGGCGGUGGCUGGCAUCGUGGGCAGAGCUGAUGUGUUAGCAUGUCUGCUGUUCCUGCUGGCCUUCCUUUCCUACCAUAGGAGUCUGGAUCAGGGCUGUGCCGGGCAGUGCUUUCCCCCGACAGCUUCUCCCUUCUUCCUGCUGCUCAGUCUGUUUCUGGGGACCUGUGCCAUGCUGGUGAAGGAGACGGGUGUCACGGUGUUUGGAGUGUGCUUGGUUUAUGACCUCUUCUCCCCCUCCCACAAGCAGGACAAGUUGAGCAAUGGGGUGAUCUGUCAGCACAGCUUACAGCAGCCAGGGAACCCCCAGUCCUCCUCUCAGCAUGGCCACCCCCACCGUGAGAGCAGAAAACAGCGCUUCCCACACAAAGACACUUGGGGAGGCUGCCAUCAACCGCUGCCACCGGAGCCCAAGAGCAGCGGAUUCCCUGUGUCCCCAGGAGCAGUGUGGUCCCUGAUGAGGUGUCUGACAGGAAGCAGCAACGGCAAUUUCCUGCUUACCCUGAGACCGUUUUUAAAACGGGCCAUUUUGGUCGUCAGUUAUGUGACUGUCAUUUUGUAUUUCCGCCUGUGGAUAAUGGGAGGAACAAUGCCCCUCUUCUCCGAGCAGGACAAUCCAGCUUCGUUUUCGCCUUACAUCCUUACAAGGUUCCUGACCUAUUCCUACCUCCUUGCCUUCAAUGUGUGGCUUCUGCUGGCACCUAUCACCCUGUGCUACGACUGGCAAGUGGGCAGUAUCCCUCUGGUGGAGACCAUAUGGGAUGUGAGGAACCUUGCUACCAUCCUUCUGGCGGUGGUGAUGGCCUUACUGAGUCUACACUGCAUGGCAGCCUUCAAGACUCCCCUCCCCUCCUGCACCAUGCUGCGAGGUCAGACCAGGGCACUUGGUGCCUUCUGA